AUGAAUUCCCUUUAUGGUAAUUCAACUAUUGAUGAAGAAGAUGAGCAGGAAAUAGAUUUGGAUGAAACGCAAUCGGAUGACGAUACACCCACUAGUCCUGUUGCUGAAGGUAAUAAGGCAUCAAGCCAGGACAAAGUGAAGGCCCUGAUUUUCCUUUGUCAUCAUUUGGAUGAAGGUUUGAAGGUUGAAUAUUUGACAAUGAAAGAUCCAUUUGAAUUGUGGACUGUUUUGAAAGAAAGGUAUGAUCACCUUAAAGCUACGGUAUUGCCAAAGGCUCGAUAUGAGUGGAUGCACCUACGGUUGCAAGAGUUUAAGACCCAGCAAUACCGUGAAAGGGGUUUUAAAAAAUAUUUUGAAUUGAUCUCAUGGCUUCUGGUGGCUGAACAACACAAUACCCUUUUGGUGAAAUAUCAUGAAGCCCGUCCCACAGGGUCAGCUCUGAUUCGUGAAGCAAAUAUGAUAGCGAGACGUGAUAAAUCUGGAAAAAGAUAG